AGUCACGUGACACUCAAUACGGCCACCAUUUAGGUUACGGCUACUUAACGGUUAGCAAUGGUUUCACAAGACAUUUGGUGAUCAAAACCAUUCACUACUCAUACGAUGUCUGAAAGAGGCAGAGGAAGAGGGCGAGGAAAGCGAUCGCCAGUUGUGGACACACCCACUGAGCCCACGGAUGACACCGACUAUCAAUUGGGUGACAAACCGGGCGCUUAUGGCAGAGCCACUGGUGAUGACAACGGCGACAAUGAUAACAAUGUCCUACAAUUGGCGCAAUACAUGGACGCCAUGUCGGCUGGCGAGUCGCCCGCCAUUAGGUCCACCUUAAGGUCGGUGUCGGUCACGAGCAAUGGUUCCGGCGGUGAUGUCGAGGCACUCAUUAACGCCAAGCCAUUGAUGCCAUUGAUUGACAUGAAGUGGACUAAACAGUUGGCUAAACGACCGGCGCUUUCCGGCACCGCCGGCCGACAGAUGGGUGUCAUCGCCAACCACUUCCGGCUGACGCUCAAGACGUUGUCUGUCUAUCACUACGAUAUUGAGAUCAGACGCGCCGUACGUACGGGCGAUAAGUUUGUGACAAUCAAUGGGCCGCAGGAGAAG